AUGUCUCUGAAUACGCUUCCUAACGAAUUUUUUCUGCAGGUGGAAUCAGAUAUUGAGACGCAAGCCGACCUUGCAGCAUUCAUUCGAAUCAAUCACCGAAUCUACAAAUUGCUUACCCCGUGUCUGUACCGGCGUAAUGCAUCCGCCGCCUUGCUAUACGGGUCGGAGCUUCUUCUGGCCCACGGGACCAGCCCAAACCUUCAAGAGAGCACGGGCCGCACUGCGCUGUUCAUGGCGGCCAUCCGUGGCCAUACGGCCGCCGUCCGGACUCUCCUCGCCUACCACGACGACCCUCGGCAGCCGGACUUGGAGCUUGACGUGGUCAUCAACCAGGGCGAGACCGCACUUCUCGCCGCCGCGCGGCAGGGCCACGCCGAGAUCCCCGUGCUCCACAGUGCGGUGCUUCACCAACAGCCCGAGCUCCUCCGGCUGGUGGUCAACCGAGACGAGAUCGAUCCGAUCCGGAUUUAUCGAAACCGGACCGCUCAUGGUUUAGCGGUAGCAAACAACGACGAAGAUCUCGCGGCUAUUCUGUUGACAGAUCCGCGUGUCAAUCCUGAUCUUACCUUGCACCCCGGCGGCAAAACCCCCAUGAUGCAGGCGAUCCUGAAAAACAACGAGAGAAUGACCCAGCUCCUGCGCGGUGCGGGCGCCAAUCCGCGGAUCAUGACCCGGCUGUGGGUGUCGCCGGCGAUGUUCCUAGAGGCUCCUACACGAGAGGCGCGGCAGGAAUUGAUCGACAAGCAUUACGGCUUCGGGGUGCGCCUGGCACGGGAUUGGACGCUGGGAUAG